AGGGGUCAGAGUUGAGUCACCAGGGGUCAGAGUUGAGUCACCAGGGGUCAGAGUUGAGUCACCAGGGGUCAGAGUUGAGUCACCAGGGGUCAGAGUUGAGUCACCAGGGGUCAAAGUUGAGUCACCAGGGGUCAGAGUUGAGUCACCAGGGGUCAGAGUUGAGUCACCAGGAGAUAGAGUUGGGUCACCGGGGGUCAGAGUUGAGUCACCAGGGGUCAGAGUUGAGUCACCAGGAGACGGAGUUGAGUCACAAGGAGACAGAGUUGAGUCACCAGGGGUCAAAGUUGAGUCAUCAGGAGGGAGAGUUGAGUCACCAGGGGUCAGAGUUGAGUGACCAGGAGGCAGAGUUGAGUCACCGGGGGUCAAAGUUGAGUCACCAGGGGUCAGAGUUGAGUCACCAGGGAGGAGAACUCGGCUCCGUUCCCAGAGCCGACUCUGGAUUAUCUCCCGGCUCCGGCUCCGGCUUCUCUGGAUCCGGCUCCGGCUCCGUUCACAGAGCCGACUCUGGAUUAUCUCCCGGCUCCGGAUCUUCCGCUCCGGGAUCCGGCUCCAGCUCCGUUCCCAGAGCCGACUCUGGAUUAGCUCCCGGCUCCGGCUCCAGCUCCUCUGGAUCCGGCUCCGGUGCCUCGGGGCUCUCCCCAAAGCGUCCGUACUUCGACAUGUCCGAGUGUCCGAGGGAGAAGCGCUCCGGCUGCUGCCGCCGCCGUUCCGGUAGUGGGGAGGAUCAGGAGGAGGAGGAGGAAGCUUCUGGGAAUGGCCACCGAGAGACGGACGCCACCACCACCACCACAACUACCACCACCACAACAACUACCACCAACACAACCACAACCACGGCGGCGCCGGUGACGACGACGACGACGACGAGGAGGAGGAGGGUGGGGAGGAGGAGGAGGAAGGGGGGGAGGGGCGGGGCGAAGGGCACCACCACCACCACGACUACAACCUCGACGAUGUUGGCACCCGGCCACGAAGAACGGGGGGGAACGGUGGCGGUGGAGGCGGCGGUGGUAGAGGCGGUGGUGCCGGUAGAGGCGGUGGUGGCGGUGGUGGUGGAGGUGGUGGAGGUAGUGGAGGAGGCGGUAGUAGAGGAGGUGGUAGAGGUGGUGGUGGAGGAAGUGGAGAAGGUGGUGGAGAAGGUGGUGGAGGUGGUAGAGAAGGUGGAGGAGGCGGUGGAGGUGGUGGAGGAGGCGGUGGUGGAGAAGGUGGUGGAGGUGGUAGAGAAGGUGGAGGAGGCGGUGGAGGUGGUGGAGAAGGUGGUAGAGAAGGUGGAGGUGGUAGAGAAGGUGGAGGAGGCGGUGGAGGAGGUGGAGGAGGUGGUAGAUGCGGUGGCGGUGGUGGCGGUAGAGGAGGCGGUGGUGGUAGAGGUGGUGGUGGAGCCCCAGCGGAAUUUGACAGCCGGCGGGAACGGAAGCUCCAGUGCGGGCAAUGUUGCCGCGGAAGGACAGGCUGUGGUAGGACAGGCUGUAGGACAGGCUGUAGGGCAGGCUGUAGGGCAGGCUGUAGGACAGGCAGAACGACAGGCUGUAGGACAGGCUGUAGGACAGGCGGAAGGACAGGCUGUAGGACAGGCGGAAGGACAGGCUGUAGGACAGGCGGAAGGACAGGCUGUAGGACAGGCUGUAGGACAGGCUGUAGGACAGGCUGUAGGACAGGCGGAAGGACAGGAUGUAGGACAGGCGGUAAGACAGGCUGUAGGACAGGCUGUAGGACAGGCGGUAAGACAGGCUGUAGGACAGGCGGAAGGACAGGCGGUAAGACAGGCUGUAGGACAGGCUGUAGGGCAGGCUGUAGGGCAGGCGGUGGUAGGAGACGUGGACCAGCAUCCCGUGGAGGAUGAUGAUGAUGAGGGGGAUGAUGACGAGGCCCUGGUGAGGUUCCUUGUGUCGCUGGCUGGCAGCAUCCGCGUGCCGGGCUCCACCCCACCACACCACCCACCCAGCUGAGGCUCUCUCCCUACGUGACCUCUCCGUGACCUUUCCGUGACCCCUCCAUGACCCCUCCGUGACCUCUCCCUCCGUGACCUCUCCGUGACCUUUCCCUACGUGACCUCUCCGUGACCUUUCCCUACGUGACCUCUCCGUGACCUCUCCCUCCGUGACCUCCCUCCGUGACCUUUCACUCCAUGACCUCUUGCUCGUGACUUCUUUGUGACCUCUCCGUGACCUCUCGCUCCAUGACCUCUCCGUGACCUUUCUCCCCGUGACCUCUCCCUCCGUGACCUCUCCUUCUCCGUGACCUCUCCGUGACCUCUCGCUCUGUGACCUCUCCGUGACCUCUCGCUCCGUGGAAGUUUCUCCGGUCGCUCGGGAAAGUUUCUCCGUUGGUCGGAAAAGUUCCUCCCGAAGCCGAUCGAUUCUUUUGGCCUGCCGUGGUUUUAGCUUUUGAUGGUUGGGGGGGGGGGUAUAGGGGAGGUUAGUGGUGGGGGGGGGUGGUAGGUUGAAGGGAUGGGUGGGGGGGUCCGGUUUUUGAAGAUGGGAAAUCUACAACCUCUGUGGCUCUUUCGAUAAAAGUCACGUGGGCUAGAAAUGAAACCAAAUGAACGUAUAAGAUUUCGAUGUAAAGCUUCUUUCGUGACUGCAGCAGCAGGGAUUCAUCUUCUUGGUUCUUUCGGUAAAGUCAUCACGUAGAAGGGAAGUAAUAAAAUAAUAAAAAUAGACGUUUCGGCCCUCAGGUGAAGAACAGGUCUGUCGUGAAGACAGCGUCAUUCACAUCAACAUCAUCAUCAUUAACAUCAUCAUCAUCAACAUCAUCAUUUACAUCAUCAACAUCAUCAACAUCAUCUUUUUUUUCGAUUUAAAGCUUCUUUCGUGACUGCAGUGAUUCAUCUUCUUGGUUCUUUCGGUAAAGUCAUCACGUAGAAGGGAAGUAAUAAAAUAAUAUUUUAUUAUGUUUUAUUUUUAUUGUUUUAUUUUUAUUAUUUUAUUGUUUUAUUUUUAUUAUUUUAUGUUUUAUUAUUUUAUUAUGUUUUGUAUUAUUUUUUAUUAUUAUAUCAUAUUUUAUUUUUAUUAUUUUAUUAUGUUUUAUUUUUUAUUAUGUUUUCAUUUUAUUAUUUCCCUUCUACGUGACGACUUUACCGAAAGACCCAACAAGAUGAAUCCCUGCUGCAGUCACGAAAGAAGCUUUAAAUACAAAUGAACGCAGUCACUCCGUCUUCAACCCCGAUAUCACGCCGUCUCUGCUGCCUUCAUCUUGUGUCAUGUCCACCCCACGUGACUUUCUUUACCCACAAAAACACAGACCGAGAGAGAGGCGCGUGGAUUGCUACGGUCCUCGAAAGCUUUGAUGGGGACAUCCGUCUGAUGUUUCAUUUCGUUUGCUCUG